CCCAUGGUGCACCUGGUGAAAUCACAACAAACGUGCAAAUUCCCUUGAAGGGAAAAAAAGCCGGCAUUUCAACCCUUUUACGAUAUGAGGUGUUGUUCACUGUAAGACUGCCAUGACACCGGGGGACAUGGUGCCGGAUCAUGCCAAGCAGCCCAAGCCUAAGGAGAAGCGCCCUGCCAAGACGCUCAAAGUCGACUGCGAGUCAGACGGCUCCUUUGUGUUUGAGGCCCACGAGGCCUGGAAGGACUUCCACAACUCGCUGAGACAUUUCUACGUAGUGGGAGAGCUAUGCGAUGUCACGCUGAAGGUCGGCAGCAGACUGAUACCCUGUCACAAGCUUGUGUUGGCCUGUGUUAUCCCCUACUUCAGGGCCAUGUUUCUGUCUGAAAUGGCAGAAGCCAAGCAGAAUCUGAUCGAGAUCAAGGACUUUGACGGAGCUGCCAUCCAGGCUCUGGUCCAAUUCGCUUACUCCUCUAGGCUCACACUCACCAUAGACAAUGUCCAGCCUCUGCUUUAUGCUGCCUGCAUCCUUCAGGUGGAGUUGGUGGCGCGGGCCUGCUGCGAGUACAUGAAGGCCCACUUCCAUCCGACCAACUGCUUGGCGGUGCGCACCUUUGCCGAGAGCCACAACCGCGUGGACCUGAUGGACAUGGCCGACCGCUACGCCUCCGAGCAUUUCAGCGAGGUGGUGGAGUGCGUGGACUUCACGUGCGUGUCGCCGCAGCACUUGCGGACGCUGCUGGCCUCCAGCGAGCUCAACAUCCACUCGGAGACGCAAGUGUACAAGGCGGCUGUCAAAUGGCUCAAAGCCAAUCCACAGCACCACCACGCCUGGCUGGACCAGAUCUUCUCACAAGUGCGCCUGCCGCUGCUCCCCGUGGACUUCCUGACCGGCACAGUGGCUAAGGAGGAGAUGAUCAAUGGUAACCUGAGCUGCCGCGACCUGAUGGACGAGGCCCGGAACUACCACCUGCACCUCAGCAACAAUGCCGUGCCCGACUUCGAGUACUCUGCCCGCACCGUCCCCCGAAAACACACCGCAGGGGUUCUGUUCUGCGUGGGCGGUCGUGGGGGUUCUGGGGACCCGUUUCGCAGCAUCGAGUGCUACUCAAUUAGUAAGAACAGUUGGUUCCAGGGCCCUGAGAUGAACAGCAGACGCCGGCACGUUGGCGUCAUUUCUGUCGGAGGGAAGGUUUACGCCGUGGGUGGACACGAUGGUAACGAGCAUUUGGGCGACAUGGAGGUUUUUGACCCCCAUACCAACAAGUGGAUGAUGAAAGCCUCCAUGGACACUAUGAGGAGGGGUAUCGCCCUAGCCGCGUUGGGCGGUCCCAUCUAUGCCAUCGGCGGUCUGGACGACAACUCAUGCUUCAACGACGUGGAGCGCUACGACAUCGAGAGCGAUUGCUGGAGUGCCGUUGCCCACAUGAACACGCCCAGAGGAGGCGUGGGCUGUGUGGCAUUGGGGACUUUUGUGUACGCGGUAGGCGGCAAUGAUGGCAGGGCGUCGCUAUCGAGCGUGGAGCGCUUCGACCCGCACCUCAACAAGUGGACCGAGGUCAACGAGAUGGGCCAGCGGCGUGCAGGGAACGGGGUCAGCAAGCUGAACGGAUGCCUCUACGUUGUCGGUGGUUUUGACGACAACUCGCCGCUGAGUUCCGUGGAGCGUUACGACCCGCGCACAAAACACUGGGAGUACGUAUCGGAGAUGACCACCCCGCGUGGCGGCGUGGGCGUCGCCACAGUAAUGAGCCGUGUCUUCGCUGUGGGCGGGCACAACGGCAACAUCUACUUGAACACGGUGGAGGCCUUCGAGCCACGCAUGAACAGGUGGGAGUUGGUGGGCUCAGUGUCGCACUGUCGAGCCGGAGCGGGCGUGGCGGUUUGCUCAUCGCACGUCAACCAGAUCAGAGAUAUUGACCAGGGAUCCAGUAACGUUGUCAACUGCAUGUGACGGCGGUCGAUAAACGCACAAUUUAUUUCCUGGUGCUUUUUCCCGGCAUCCUCCUUCCAUGUCGUUCAUUCUACAACAAGUGCCAUACAACCUGCCGCACAAUUGAGUUUGUAUUAAGUAAUGGGUCCUCAUAUUGGAGUUAUAACAUUACCAUUACACCAUACCGCUUUGACCAGAACUAUUGCACCGCUGUGAUAGGCCAGUUUGUUUUGGCGGGGAUAUUUAGAAAAAGUCCAUUAACAUUUCACCCACUUAUUCUCUUAUUUUAUCAUACAUAUUUUUGCAUCAUCCUUUUUCACAAGUGUAAUAUUUAAGAAAUAUUUAUGUACUAAUUUUGAAGGGAAUCUAGCAAGAAACAAAGUACAAGUUGGCCAGUAUCAAACGACGCCUUCACGUUUGCACACACGCUUUCUGUCUCAGUCGGUGAACGCAACAGAAUUUCAAAAGCAUCAUUUCUAAUCAUGCAUGAACAAUCAAGGCUGUUUUUGAAUUGAAACUGGUUGCUGUCUUGUACAGAUAUGCAUUCAAAGGUAUCAGGGAUUGCUUUGUGUGUGUGUGUGUGUGUGUUUUUUUUUUUUUAUGAUAGCUGGACUGUCAGAAGCUAAACCACACGCAAUGUUCCUAGCAGACAGUACCUAUAAACAAAGAUACAUUAUAUUUUAAUAUAUUAAGGACACUUUUGUAAUAUACGAGUAUAGCUGUAUCUUUGCUCUUAUUAGAAGUAUAAUCUUUUGUUGUGCUAGUAAUUUCCAAGAGAAAUAGUAUAGUUCUAUAUUCCACAUUUUGUUGUCACAGAGAAAUAUUUUUGGUUACAAUCCUUGUGUUUAUAUUUAGUAAAACAGUUCAGUAUAAAAGCCACUGGUAGAAAUGUCCUUUUGUUUGUGUUCUUUUUCAAUGUAAUUAUGUUGUAAUUGGGUCAAUAAAUUGGUAAAAUUAUGGAA